AUGGGCUCGGAGACACUACCAAAGCUUCCUACCAUAAAUUUCUCUGAGCAAAAUCUGAGUCCUGGUACAAAUUCUUGGUUCUCCACAUGCAUCGAGGUCCAGCAUGCCCUUGAAGAAUAUGGCCGUUUCAUAGCAGUGUUCGAUGAAGUUACCUUAGAAAUUCACAACGCAAUCUUUAGGACACUAAAAGAGUUGUUUGAUCUUCCCACUGAAACUAAAAUUCAAAACACUAGUCACAAGCCUUACCAUGGUUAUGUUGGGCAACUCCCCUUCAUUCCUCUCCAUGAAAGCCUGGGAAUCAAUAAUUCAACAACCCAAGGAGUUCAAAGUUUCACAAAAAUCAUGUGGCCUGCUGGAAAUCAACAUUUCUAUGAAAGUGUGGAUUCCUACUCCAUGCUACUUGCUGAAUUACAAGAAAUAGUGAUGAGAAUGGUUUUGGAAAGUUAUGGCAUCAAGGAUGGAUAUGACUCACACAUUGGAUCAACAACUCAUCCACUUCUAGUAGUGAAAAAUCAAGUACCCGAGAUGCCAGUCAAUAAUGUAACUUUUCCAUGUCACACGGACAAGAGUUUCACGACCAUACUUCCGCAAAAACAAGUUGGUGGUUUGGAGAUAGAAACAAAGGAUGGCAACUGGAUUGCUUUUGAGCCGCCCUCACCUCUUCCUUGUGUCAUAGCAGGCGAUGCAUUCAUGCACACUGUCAAAUUGAUUUCUUUCUUCGUGAACAUGUGA